UUAUUUUGAGUCUGCUCCUGGCUGGGAGGAGGGGGCACCGGAUAUCCUCCCCCCCCCAAGCAUCAGAGGCAUUUGCUUGCCUGGCUCCAGAGCACCUGUUGGCACAUGCCUGUUGGCAUCCGUGGCAGAGCAGCUGGAGAUGAAGGGCACCAGUGAGCUGGCCUGAAAUCCUUGGGGUCCUUUGCUGGGAGCGCCCCACUAGCAGGCCCGGAGAGGUGGCAGCUGGCCACAGCCCCGCGACUUGCCAAAGACUCUGCCACCCAAUGGUCCAUCGGUUCUAGCAAGGUGUGGGGAGGUAGGGAAAACGGCCAGUGGAAACACAUCCGUCCCACUGCACAGAACUGAUCUUCUGCGUUCCCACAACGCAUAGCGACAACACUUAGAAUAACAACCGGGUUGGAAGGCACCUUGGAGGUCUGUCUAGUCUCAAUCCCAUUUCAGGCAAAUAGCCAAUAGCCAAUAGAGGUUUAGGAAGGGACUGGACAGCCCUCUCCACCGAUGGGGCAGCCCCACUCCUGGAAGCCGUUUGUGGUCCAAGGGGCAGAAGUGGGAGGUGGGGGAGCUUUGAGCCGCCGGGGGGAGGGGCUUGUCUCUGUGACCGGCUAUGCAUACGGAUGAAGCCAGACCUGUCCAGGGGCCAGGAUGGAACUAGGAGACGGGUCACCUCUGCCAGAGAGGGGGAGCAACUUCUUCCCAUCCCCCAACUCCCCAGGCCCACUGACAUUCCCAGGCCGUGCUGGGGGGCAGAGAUCAAGGGAAGGAAGGACUGGAAGGGCUGCAUCUGGGCAGAUUGAAAAAGCCCCAUCCUUCCCCCAGAGCAGCUGGCCUUAUCGGUCUUCUGUGGGGAGAGCAGGACGUGGCACUCACACCACCACUGUGACUAAGCAGGGAGAGGCACCAGCGUCCUUUUUCUGAGCUCCUCUGCCAGCUGAUUUGCCCCACUCCGGCCUUUGCUCAUCUUGGAUGCCCCUUCAAAGGCAGGCAGCGCCAGCAUCGCAGCACAGCUGAACUGCCACUUGGAGCCUCAGCGCCAGCAGCUCAGCCCAUCGAGGGAAAGUCGGAUCCGGUGUGAAAGGACAAGGAGAAGGAGGAGGGCAAGCGGAGAACACCUGCCCUGCGAGAUGCUGCAGGGUCUGCUGGCCCCCCUCCUCCUGGCUGCCUCAGUUGCUGUAGUGGCAGCCAUGCCUCCCCCCGAGCAGUGCAAUUCCGAGAUGAACAAGAUCAAGGACCUGCUGGAGGUGAGCUGUGUGGACAAGGGGCUGACCAGCAUCCCCAGCGGGCUGCCCAGUGACACGGGCAUCCUGCUCCUCGCCUCCAACCAGCUGGCCAAGGUUGCCCUGGCCUCCUUCCAGCACCUGCCACAGCUGAGCGACCUGGACCUGUCCAACAACAGCCUGAAAGUCCUGGAGACCAGCGGUACCCUGCCCAAACUCAACCAGCUGCUUCUGUCCCAUAAUGGCCUGGAGAGCCUGCCUGCUUUCCCGGGGCUGCCUAGCCUGGAGUGCUUGGCAUUGGGGCACAACCAGCUCUCCCAGCUGCCCGAGGGGGGCUUCCGUGACCUGGGGCAGCUGCAGGAACUGGAGUUGCAGGGCAACCGGCUGCAGAACCUGCCUGGCGGAGCCUUCAAAGGCCUGCGGAUGUUGAAGGAUCUGGACCUGUCAGACAACUGCCUGGAGGCGCUGCCCCCAGAGCUGCUGGCCGACUUGCCCGAGCUGGAGAUUCUGCGGCUGGAGAGGAACCGGCUAGAGCGCGUGCCGGACCGUUUCUUCUCGGGCACCAAGUAUGGCUACAUCUACCUGGUGGAGAACCCCUGGCUGUGUGACUGCCGGCUGGACUACCUGCGCAACUGGAUCAAUGACAAUGAGUUCUUUGUGUAUACUCGCAUAACCGUGCAGGAGGACGGCUUGGACAAGGAGGUCACGGAGAAUGAGCCCCACAAAGUCCUCUGCCAGGCGCCCCCCAAGGAGAAGGGCCAGGCCGUCAUGAGUUUCGAAGCUGACUGCAGUAAACUCGGAGAUAUCGGCCAGGAGGUGGGAGAAGAGGGAGGCCCUGCGGGCGACAGCUGGACUCCCUCUCCGACCCCUUCUCCUUCGACGGCCGCUGCCCCCCUGAUUCCACCGUUCCUUGCAGCCUCCAGGCGCUCCUCCCACAGCCCAAGAAGAGCCAUCAGCCCAACUGGUGCCGCUCUCACAACCACCACAAGCACUUCAGCGCUACGUUCUACAAUGACACACUCCCCUACAACCACCAGCCCUGGUCCAACCACCAUUCGUAAUAUCCUCACCACAACUGCAGCCUUUGUUACUGCGGGUGCCACUGCAGGGAGGCCAACUGCAACUUCUAAUGGCCCCAUGACGACCCCAGGCCCCUCAACGGCCCACAUCCCAACCCCCCGUGUGCCUACCGCAAUGGCAACCUCUCGCACCCCACUUGCUCUCAGCCCCACUGCCUUGAUGCUCACCACCCCACUUCCCCCGAGUGCCCCUCUGCCAAUGGCAACCACAGCCUUUGUUACUGGCCUUUCCACCAGUGGUGCCACUGCGGAGAGGUCAACUGCAACUUCUAAUGGCCCCAUGACGACCCCAGGCCCCUCAACGGCCCACAUCCCAACCCCCCGUGUACCUACCACAAUGGCAACCUCUCGCACCCCACUUUGCUCUCAGCCCACUGCCAUGCUCACCACCCCACUUCCCCCGAGUGCCCCUCUGCCAACGACAACCGCAGCCGGGCAUCCUCCGAGCCCUGCAGCCCUGGGCCCCUCCACCCCCAACCCCACCCAUGUCAAAAGCUCACCCAGGAUUUCUGCUCCCCUUUCCACCCGCGAGUUUUCUCCCCCACCUCCCCCCAAGCCCUCUGCCCACUGUCUCUGCCCCGCCCCGCCCGUCAGGGUUCUCGGAGCGGCUGCUCGUAAGGGGUCCAGCACAGAGUGGCUGGCUGGUUCCUGCUGCCUCCUGCGCCUGGUGCUCUACCUUGCAUGCCUGGCGUUGGUGGCCCUGCUAACUCUGGCCCUGCUCUGCUGGCUGGGCUGGCUCUAUUUCGGCUGGUACCGCCCGGCUGUGCGAGGGGCUCCGGGGUCUUGCCUGGCCAGGCCCCAGCAAUGGCAGAAAGCCUCCCCCAAAGGAUGGCAGCUGAAGUUUGCCGAAGCCCCACGUCCCACACCCGGGCCCCGGAUCUAUCGCGUCUGCAAGAAGUUCCAGGUGGCCCCUUCCCGCCACGUCACCUGGCUGCUGGUUAGCCUGCCUGGCUCUGCCGGAAAAUGGGCACAGAUGCAGGCCAGGCUGUCCUCCUACAGCUUGGACAGAGGAAAGGACAGUCUGGGGGCCGUGAGGGUGAAAUACGCCGCGGCCUCUUUGUAA